CCCAUACACAAUGCCUGGUUUACUCCGAAUUCGAUUUCCAUCCAAGCAAGUUGGGCUUGGAACGGGAAGCGGAUCGGGUAGUCCGUUGCGGCGCUCACUUGGUCUUCGCCGAAUGGGCCCCGGCGGACGGAUCCGGGCAUUAUUUAGCUUUCAGAGUUUUGUACCAUUUCACUGCAUCGCAAUGGACGCCGUCCUUCUCACAUCUUCAUACACUGCUUUACAAUCCUCUCCAAGUCACACAGUUCCCGAUUUUCGAGUCAUCAGAAGUCAUCCAGCCGUUUAGAAAACUCACGUCUCCAAGUCACCACCUCACAUCACAGCCCAUAUCGCAUUGCUGCAUGACACACGCUUCAUCCCCGCCCGCCAGAACCAACCCCGGAAACCCCGGCAUCGUAUCGCGACGACAAUCAUGAAGGUCCUCAUCUCAACGAUGCCCUUCGCGGGGCACAUCAACCCGGCCCAGCCCGUCGCCCGCGCCCUCAUCCGCCGCGGCCACGACGUCGCGUGGCUCACCUCGGCCUCCCACGAGCACCUCGUGACCCCGACCGGCGCCGCGUUCUUCCCUUCCCCCGCGGCCCUCGCGCGCCACGACGAGGUCCCGCUGGCGCCAGACCCGGGCACCUGGGGCCUCGCCGCCAUCGUCUCGACCCUCCGUCGACUGUUCCUCGACCGUGUGCCGGACCAGGUCGCCGCCUACCGCGCCGUGCUGGCCACUUUUGACGCCGACGUCCUGCUGGUCGACCUGGGCGCUUACGGCGCCCACUGCCUGCGCGACCUCACGGGCCUGCCGUACGCCACGCUAGGGAUCAACCCGCUCUUCACCAUUGACGCCGAGAUCCCGCCCUGGGGCAGCGGAUGGCUACCCCCCACGACUUUCUUCGGGCGCUGGAUCAACGCCUUAACGCACGCCGUCGCAGCGCGGCUGUUCUACACGCGGCUCACGGCGGCGCUGAACGGGCACCGCGCGGCACUGGGAUUGCCCCCGCUGCCCGCGUUGGGCUUCUACGACUCGGCGAGGUCGGACGCGCUCCACAUCAUGCCCACGACGCCGGUGUUCGAAUUCCCGAGGCGGAACCUACCACCAGGGGUCAGGUUCGUCGGGCCUCUGCUGCCGUUGUUCAAUGACGACGACGACGGCGGCGGCGGAGCCUUCUCCCUUCCGGAGUGGUGGGGUGAGAUGCUCGCGCACCCGAGGGAGAAGGUCGUCCACGUUACGCAAGGGACGUACGCCACGAACCCGGCGAACCUCAUCGCUCCCACACUGUCAGCCCUCCGGUACCGCUCCGACUUGCUCGUCAUCGCGACGACCCGGGACGCGGAGACCCUGCUGGCGGCGGACUCCCUGCCGGCCAACGCGAGGGUCGCGCCCUUCGUCCCGCACGCCAGGCUUCUCCCGCAUGUCGGCGUCAUGGUGACGAACGCGGGGUACAACGGCGUGCUCGCGGCGCUGAGCUGCGGCGUGCCGAUGGUCUGCGCGGGGCGGAGCGAGGACAAGGCGGACGUCAGCUCGAGGGUCGCGUGGGCCGGCGCCGGCGUCGAUCUCGGGACGGACACGCCAGGCGAGGAGGCCCUGAGGGACGCGGUCGAGCGGGUCAUCUCGGACGGCCGGUUUCGCAAGGCGGCGGAGACGGUUCGGGAUGAUUUUGCGAGGCACGACGGGCCGGAGGAGGCGGUUGAUGAGUUGGAGGAGCUUGUGGAGAAGAGCCGGAGGUGAGGCCUGGGGGUUUGGGGAGUGAGAGAGAGGCGGCAGGUGUCUUGAAUUUCACUCAGUGAUGUACUUGUACUGCUUGCGAGGGCAAUCAAAUCUCGUCAGGCAGACGGGAGAUAAUGUAAUGAGAUGUUGACUUUCCUCUAUGUCUACCAGGUCAGUUAAGGACUCAAGGCUCUCAGAGAUGCCGGUGACUGUAGGGACGCAAGGUUGGAACGAUCACACAUCUGGAUAACCUGUUUUAUCUGCGUGUCAGCUAUCAGGGUGUACAUCUUAGUUACAUUUUGCAUCCGCUGCGACAAAAGCUUUCAAUUCAAACCAAGACACACUGUCUACCAACCCUCAAUGUACCUCCCUCAAGCAAGCCUUCCUCACCAAUGGCUAAGUUGUCGGCCUCGUAUACUUGUUUGGUCGUUGACGACAUUCUGGCUGAAGUGAGGCGACGGUCCGGGUCGUUGCUACGGCGUUGGUCCGUCGUUGGGUAAAAGUGGCGGCCUCAUUGGGCGUGUUGGUCGAACUGGCAAAGAAAAACAGAAGCACGUUGCUCGGUAAGUCUCACACUCUGUCUUCAAGAGUUGUCUUCGCGUUUCGACAAACGAUUUCACAAUCAUGCAUCAUGGUGGGGGUGGCCGAAAAAGCUGCGUGACGACGCUGAAGCCGCGAGAUUCUCCUGUAC